AUGGGAGUGGUAGACAGAAGCACGGAGCUGCUGGCUGUUAACCCAGAUCCUAUAUCACUUGAUGAAUUAUUUAAUAUCGCUGAUAGUUUUAACAUUGAACGGUGGCUGAACUCUCAGAUCAACGUCUAUCAGUAUUGCUUAAAUAAGAAAUUGAGUGAACCUGCAAAAACCCCAGGUGACGUCAUACAAACUUAUUCUUUCUACUCCGACUACGUCGAUGCUCUGCAGAUGUUUGAUAACUCAGGCUUGUACGUCUUCACUGACCUCACCGUCGAGACCAGACCUUGUGAGCAAGAACAAGUGUAUUACAGCCACGCUCGUCCUCGUCCACCCCUCAAGGCUCAAUUAGUACCCACAGAAGACGCAAAUAUUAGUAAGAAGAAAGGUAGUGAUACACAGACAGACGCUCCAAGGACCAACUUCCCUGAGACUUGGCUGUGGAACAUCGUCGUUCUCCCGUCUUCUGGUGUGAGCAGUCAAGACCUGACAGUGCCAGACACCAUCACUCAGUGGGUGGGCAAGGCUGUGUGUGCACACCCAGAGAAGGGCUUGGGUCUUUCCCAGAGAAAGUCCAUCAUUACCUUCACGCCCUUUUUCUUAGACCUCACCUUUCCACCCACUGUCAAGAGAGGCGAGAUCCUUCCCGUCAAGAUGUCCAUCUUCAACUACCUGAAUCAGCCAAUACCUGUAAGUAUCUAA